UGAGCCAUCCACCCUGAGGUUAUUCCUAUAUUUACCUGAAGGCCAUGGCACCCAUGCAUUCUACACAAAGGACAUGAAGGUCAUUGUCAGCACAGGACGGCUCUGCACCGUCACAGUCAAUAUGUGUGCGUGUGAACCAGAAACGUGCACUCUGCUAAGGUAUGGGCUCUGGCCAGCAACAGCCGACAAGCAUCAGACAGCCUUCUCCAUCCCUCUGCUAGAGCUUUUUGUUUGUCUGUCACUGGAGUGUCAGGUUUCUGUUGAGGGUUUUUGCAACACCCUGCGCUGGAAAAAUAACCUUACACUUGCAGAGGUUAACGCACUUUACAGAGCCCUGGUGGGAGAAUCCAUAUCUCAUUUUAGGCAUCACCACUUCCGAAAAAUAAGUUUGGUAGAUGUUUGCCCACAAUUAGGUGAUGGGACCACAUGUCCAGCAUGUCCAAAGGCGGAUGGAGAUGUGAUAGUGACAUUGGAUGCCAACUUUGGCCUUGUGAGAAAGCAAAGCUCAGGGACAAGUGCGGUUGAGCCAUUACAUGGAACCCGCAUGUUUGUUAGUGAAAAGGAUGUAGAGGAAUACCUGCUAUCACAUCUUGACAGCUCAAAGCCUCACGAGGACUGCAGUAACUUCAAGGCUGGCAACGUGCUGAGGUCACCGCAACAAGCUAAGAAACUUGAUGUUACAGGAGUGUUUGGAGCCUCCUGUCGUCAUGAAAUGCCCCUAAUGUUUGUCAACAUGAGCCAAGGAGAACGGCAAGUCUAUGCCACAGUAGUGAUAAUUCUCCUGUUUUAUUCUACUUAUUCAAAAACAUUUUUGAAUAGCUUGACCCUAGCAUUAGCCAUAUUUUAAUUUUAUAUGUCACCAAAUAUGAACCUCACAGAAUGUAAAUGGGGGAUUC